ACGUACCCCCCAACAAUAUCGCACCGCGUCUCACUUCAAAUAUUACUGUGGUGUUCGAUUGUCCCUCGCGUGAAAUCAAACGAACCUCUAUAAGAACAAUCCUACCUCACAGAUUCGUGAUUUUAGCAUAUUAAUAAUACUUGUUAGAAAAUUUUGGUUUUAAAGGGGGGGAUAGCGACCACUUCAAUCAUUAUAUAUUAUUUCCUCCACCGUUUAAGAAGUCUCUGUUGAACUUGACAGACGAAAGAUAUUCAUUCCUCCAUAUCAACUAAUUAGAGCUUACUUUGGUACGCCUUUAGACAGGAAAUAAAGAAAAGAAAAAAUUGAUAAGUGGCAAAAGUAAGAAACCAAGAUGUACUUGAACGAUAGCAACAUAAUCAGUCCGAUGCAGGCUUUUGUUGGAGGAGUCGGAAUAGGAGGAGUUGGACACGUCACUCAAAUGCAGGACCGAUUGUUGGGAUGGAAUGUUCCACCAGAACAUUCGGAUUUAGUUCAUCCAUAUUGGCGAGGAUUUCUCGCUCCAGGACGAUAUUGGCACAUUGGCUUCGCUUUGAUCUAUUUCAUGCUAAUGGUCAUGUCCUUUAUCGGGAAUGGCUGUGUUGUCUGGAUUUUUACAACCUCCAAAACGUUGAGAACAGCAUCAAAUAUGUUUAUAGUAAAUCUCGCAUUAUUUGAUUUACUUAUGGCUAUAGAAAUGCCGCUGUUGAUAGUAAAUAGUUUUUUGGAACGUCCCGUUGGCUGGCAGUUCGGAUGUGACGUUUAUGCGGCACUUGGAAGUAUGUCUGGGAUAGGUUCAGCUAUAAAUAAUGCAGCCAUAGCAUUUGAUCGAUAUAAGACUAUUUCUUGUCCGAUCGAUGGUCGGUUAAACAGCAAACAAGCAGCAGUUAUUGUUGCUUUUACGUGGUUUUGGACGUUACCUUUCACCCUUCUGCCCUGGACUCGUGUCUGGGGACGAUAUGUACCAGAGGGUUUUCUCACCACUUGCACUUUUGAUUAUUUAACUGAAGACCAAGAUACUAGAGUUUUUGUUGCAUGCAUUUUUAUUUGGUCAUAUUGUAUACCGAUGAGUUUGAUCAUCACAUUUUAUUCAAAUCUACUGAAAUCCGUCCGAAACCAUGAGAAGAUGCUUCGCGAACAAGCUAAAAAGAUGAAUGUUAAAUCUCUUCAAUCAAAUCAGGACAAAGAAAGAAGCGUAGAAAUGAAAAUAGCAAAGGUUGCAUUCACCAUCUUCUUCCUCUUUGUGUGCUCGUGGACACCUUAUGCAGUCGUGACGAUGACAGUUACGUUUGGCAAUCGAGAGGCAUUGACACCUUUUGCUACCAUGCUGCCAGCAUUGUUUGCAAAAACAGUCUCUUGUAUCGAUCCUUGGGUUUAUGCCAUCAAUCACCCAAGAUACCGGUUGGAACUUCAAAAGAGAUGCAAGUGGAUGGGCAUUCAUGAACCAGUUCCUGUUCAAGACACUGUGUCUGCCACCACUGAGAAAGUCACUUCUGAUGAAGCAUAAAAAUGCUCAACUUUAUCGACCGAAAAAAGCUUUAAUCUUUCAGAAAUUCCAUUUACCGAUCAAAGAGUCGUGGAAUCUACAUUAACAUCCACCACAAGUGUAGAAUUGUACGUGCAUUGGUAAAAUGAAGUUUUUCGAAAGAUGUAACAUUUUUAAAUUCUUGUAUUAAAUAUUGACCUGAACAAUUGUAUAAGAAUAUACUGUAAAUUUAUCACCGUUCAUGAAAAUAUUCGUAUCUAAAUUUAAUAAAUGCAUAUUCUCAAGCAGCUACAUAUAUUUAUUAUAGCUGAUAAAAGCUGCCUUGGGUAGAAUAUGCUGCCAUCAGUCGAGGGGUUGGCUUACUAACUUACUUAUACAAGGAAAAAGGUAAAACAGUGAAGUUGAAUGAUGAAAAUAUAAAUCACCCUCUACUUUAUCUUCAACCCCCUCGAUUAAUUUAUGUUUUUUCACCGGCUUUGUAGUUACCUUUCUCUGGACGAAUUAUCAUAUUGACCUAGUAAUUACCUUGUCUAAUGUAUUAUUAAGUAUUAAAAAUCAUUGUAAAUCUUUCCAUCUACCAUGUUAACUUGGUCACGCAUGGACUUAUGGAAUGCAAAAAUCCAUUUCGUUAAACAACACCCUAAGGCUUUUAUGAGCACUUGCAAACUUGCGGAUGCAUGUUUCACAUUCACGAGGUUUUUAUGUAACUCUGCGAGGCAUCAUAAAACUGUACACUAGCAUGAUAAGAAUUUCUAGAACAUUGAUUGCUAAAAAACUAGAUAAAUAUUAAAUAAUAAAUUUACGUGAACAAUG